CUUUAUAAAACAGCCCUGUGUGAACGCUCAUCAUCAUCACGGCCUUUUACGAAGAAAAUUACAGAUCUGAUAUGAGUUUUGAGAGAGAGAGGAGUGCAGCCAUGACAAUGUGCAGUGUGCUGAACGACAUACGGUUGGAAGAGGAGCUAUGCGACGUGGUCCUCAGAGUGGACGAGGUGGAAUUCAACGUCCACAAGACCAUCCUCUGUGCGAACAGCCAGUAUUUCAAAACCCUGUUCACGACAGGGAGCAGCUCGGAUCAGAAGGUGUACACCAUGACGAAUGUAUCUCCAGACAUCAUGGCGAUUAUAAUCCAUUACAUCUACACCCAGGAGAUCCGAGUCACCACUGAUAACGUGCGGGCUGUGUUGGUCAUGGCCAAUUACCUGCUCAUGCGAGACCUUGUCCGUGACUGCUACAACUUCCUGAACGCACAUCUCAGCCCGGAAAAUCGCUUCAGGAUUUGGCAGGACGCCGACGUUCACUUGUACAGGGAGCUGUAGGAUCAGGCCUACACCUACACGUUGCACAUCACGUCCUGGACAUGAAUAUCGUUGAGCUGCUGUGUGAUAUCCGGGCUUCCCGACGUACACCGUCCUGUACGAUGACCUUGUCUAGACGUGGAGCUCUUAAAAACGCUAUUAAACUACAUCCCAUUGGCAGAA